UUCUAGAAGCCUGAGUGUGACAGUGUGUACCACCAUGAAGACCUGCGAGCUGUUAUCGCUGCUGCUGGCGUUGGGUUGUGUGACCAUCAAUGGUGCACCAGUGGAGCAUGGUGACAUGGAGCCAGGCUCAUGUGAAGACGCAUCAACAAAAGCAGCUGCUGAACUGGCUCUUACCAAAAUCAACCAGGACAGGAAGGAGGGCUACAUCUUCAGCCUGCACCGCCUGUCCAAUGCACACAUAAAGAGACAUGGAGAGAACAGUGUGGUCUUCUACCUGAUUCUGGAUGUUGUGGAGACCAAAUGCAACGUUCUCAGCAAGAAGAACUGGAAGAGCUGUGAGACUCGUACCACAACAAACACGCCGGUAUAUGGACAGUGCAAAGCUGCUAUCUUCAUCAACAAGGUGCACAGAGUGGAGCGUCUCUACAAAUACAGCUGUGUUAUCAGACCAGGUAUGAAAAUUACUACUGUGUACUCUUUAUCUCUUCUCCAGGCUGCUGAGAGAGAGAAGAAGCUCCACCUGCUGGGCGAAGAGACUGACCACAGCCACAAUGACACACACUCACACAGCCACGACCAAGACCAAACACACGACCACGUACACGAUCACACCAAGAGCCACUCUCAUCAUGACCAAACCCACAAGCAUGCCGACAACCACGAUCACCAUCACACACAUGACCAUGCCACAGGCAGUGCCCACAGGCACGCUCAUGACCACUCCCAUGACCACAGUCACAGCCACGAUCACGUGCACACUCAUCACGACAAAGCACACAACCACAGUAGUGACUUUCCCAACCAACACCACGACUACAAGCACGCUGAAGGUGUGCACACACAUGAACAUGACCACGAGCUGGCUCUGGACCACGAUCACAAGCAUGGUCACCUGCAUGAACACGAGCACCACCACCAUCACCAUGAGCACGAACAUGAGAACACACCCCACGACCACCCAGAAGGCAUGGUGACAAUGCUGCCAGCUCUGGGCCAGCCUGUGACCCUGCCUUCCUUCCCUGAUGUCCCUGCUGGUGGCCCUGAGCUCGGAGUCACUCUCCCACUUAAACCCGACCCCCAGAUUCCUGGAGAAAUGGAACCUGCUAUCGAGCCCUUCCCAACCUCAGUCUCUGCCCAGUGUCCUGUCCCAAAGGCGGGACGUGACCUGGUGGAGAAAUUCUUUGCUGAGGACGCUUUUUUUAUGCUUGCUGUAUAGCAUGGCCUAUGGAACUGUUUUAGAUGUACACAAUGACUCAAGUGUAACAAAGAAUGGAAAACUAUAUGAUAUAUGAUACAUUUUCAAUAAAAACAUUCACAGUCA